CACCCGGACGAACGUGAGGAUGCGCUGGUGUCUCCGCUCAUUUGCCACUUGUGCUCCCUGCGGACAUGCUGCGUGCGCGGACCCGUCCGACAUGAACGCCGUGGCUUGCGGAGUCUGCUGGUGCGUGUGCGUGACCUUGUGCGCGCUGAGCGUCGAUGCGUCUUGGUGGUACAUGAGCACUCUGGGCUCUGGCGUGAUGUGCGACAACGUUCCGGGUCUGGUGAGCGAGCAGCGCCGGCUCUGCCGCCGCCAUCCCCGCGUGAUGCAGGCCAUCGGCGCCGGCGUGCAGGACUGGAUCGGCGAGUGCCAGCACCAGUUUCGCAACCACCGCUGGAACUGCAACACGGUGGCACGGGACCACAGCCUGUUCGGACGUCUGUUGCUGCGAGGGAGCCGCGAGGUGGCCUUCAUCUACGCCAUCUCGUCGGCUGGCGCGGUGCACACGCUGGCGCGGGCGUGCAGCCGCGGCGAGCUGGAUUCGUGCUCGUGCGACCCGCGCAAGGCGGGCUCCUGGCGCGACCGCGCCGGCGCCUUCAACUGGGGCGGCUGCAGCGACCACGUGGAGCACGCCGCGCGCUUCGGACACGCCUUCGUGGACGCCAAGGAGAGGAAGGAGCCCGACGUGCGCGCCCUCAUCAACCUGCACAACAACAGAGCCGGACGCAAGGCGGUGAAGCGUCUCCUGAGUCUGGAGUGCAAAUGUCACGGCGUCAGCGGUUCGUGCAGCGUUCGCACCUGCUGGCUAGCCAUGGCCGACUUCCGCCGCACCGGAGACGAACUCCGCGGCAUGUACAAGCGCGCCGUCCGCGUGGCCGUCAACCAGUACGGAGCCGCUCUCGCUACGUUGACCACGGCGGGAAGACGCGUGGCGCCGGGGAAGAACCAGCUGGUCUACUCGGACCAAUCUCCAGACUUCUGCGUACGCGACCACGACGCAGGGUCCGUGGGGACGGGCGGCCGGCGGUGCAACGCGACGUCCCGGGGCACGGACAGCUGCUCGGUCAUGUGCUGCGGGCGAGGCUACGACACGGCGCGGGUGAGCCGCAGCGCCAAGUGCGAGUGCAAGUUCCACUGGUGCUGCGCCGUGCGCUGCAGAGACUGCCGCCAGGUGAUGGAUGUACGCACCUGCAAGGACCACACGUGACCGUCCUCAUCAUCAUCAUCAUCAUCAAAAUGGUGACCUCACUAUAUGUAUUGUUAUAAAAAGUCUACACAAAUGCCAGGUUUUUGUAAUAUAAAAAAUUAGACCUAGAUAAAUCAUUGCAGAACUUUUUCCACCAUUUAUGUGACCUAUAACCUAUACAACUCAAGUGAAAAAAACUAAUGACAUUUUCUCAAGAGAGGGUCAGGAAAAGCCUACUAGAACAUCUGAACUUUAUUUGGGGUUAAGCAGAGGUACUUUAAAUGGUGGCAGGCGUGUACUGACUCCCAUUUAACAUGAGGUUGAAUGUGAGUGGUUCAUUCUGAAGAGAGGCGCAUCCCCAGUUAUAAGAGGGUGUGCACACUUGUGCAACCACAUUAUCACAGUUGAUUUUUAGUUACCCUCUCUUUAAAAAAUUCAGUUGAGUUGUACAGGUUGUCGGUCACACUAAUGGUGUAAAAAGUUUGGAAAUGAUUUACCUUGGUCUCAUUUUAUUUAUUUUUUUAAUAUCACAAAACCCUGGCAUUUAAACACGGGUGUGUAGACUUUUUAUAUCGACUAUAUGUUCCAGUAUGGUGCAUAUGGAGUUAUUCCCAACACAGCUGUGGUCUCCUGGAUGUGUGAACCACAUUUUCCUCCAAACUUGUCAUUGCGGUGACCUUUGCUGAUGGUCACAUGACGACAGAGACACCGAUCAUUUACAUGAUCGAUAAGUCCUGUUAUAUUUGUUGCAUUUAGUUUGUUUCUUCCUAAAAUUGGUGAAAUAAACUGUUCAUUUUUUUCUGUUAGAAAUAGAUUUUCUGUAAAAGUGUAUCCAUCCAUCCAUCUUCUGAGCCGCUUCUCCUCACUAGGGUCGCGGGCGUGCUGGAGCCUAUCCCAGCUGUCAUCGGGCAGGAGGCGGGGUACACCCUGAACUGGUUGCCAGCCAAUCGCAGAGCACAUACAAGCAAACAACCAUUCGCACUCACAGUCACACCUACGGGCAAUUUAGAGUCUUCAAUUUAUGCAUGUUUUUUUUUGGGGGGAUGUGGGAGGAAACCGGAGUGCCCGGAGAAAACCCACGCAGGCACGGGGAGAACAUGCAAACUCCACACAGGCGGGGUCGGGGAUUGAACCCGGGUCAUCAGAACUGUGAGGCUGACGCUCUAACCAGUCGGCCACCGUGCCGCUGUAAAAGUGUAUUUUAAUGUAAUAGUAAACUAGUUAUUUGAUAAAAAUGCUAAUAUUUUAUUUCUUAAUAUUGUAAAUCAAAAAGUCAAAUUGACAUUUUUAACUACAAUAACCCAAAAAAAUAGUAAAAUGCAUUUUUAUACACAUUCAGGAUUUUUAUGAUAUUAAAGAAAUGGGAUAAUGAAAUAUAAUUGAUUCUAAAAAUAGAAAUGAAAAUGUAAUAUUUUAUGAAAAUAAACACAAUUGAUUUGUGAAUUAGUAAAAUACACAAUUUUAUUUACAGUGGAUAUAUAAAGUCUACACACCCCUCAAAUGCAAUGUUUUUUAUAUUAAAAUAGAGAUCAAGAUAGA